AUGUUUUUAAUAACUUUUUUUGAUAAAUGUAUUUUAUGUUUCCUGGCUCUUGGUUCAAUUCCCAUAGGAUUUAUAAAUAGAAAAAAUAAAUUCAAAAAAAUAGAAAAUAACAAUUAUGCUUUAUUCAGCACAAUAAUUAUGAAUACUUUUCUUAUAUAUAUAAAUAAAUUUUUCGGUUUAUUUGGGAUAUUCAAUUUUUUUUUAGGGAACUAUUUAUGUUUAAUUGGAAUAACAGGAGGAAUAGCAGUGGGAAAAUCAACAUUUUGUAAUUUUCUAAAAAAAAAAAACGUUGUUGUUAUUAAUGCAGAUGAAAUUACAAAUAAAAUUUAUAAAAAGGGAUCCACAUGUUAUAAAAAAAUUAUAAAACAUUUUGGAGAAGAUAUUUUAAAUAACGAUAAAACAAUUAAUAGAACUUUAUUAAGAAAAAUUGUUUUUAAUAAUGAAGAAAACGUUAAAUAUAUAAAUAAAAUUACACAUACCUAUAUAAUUUUACAAAUUAUUAAAGAAUGUUUAAAAUAUAAAUUUUUUUAUUUUAAAUAUAAUGUAGCUAUAGAAGCACCCUUACUAAUAGAAACAAAAUUAUAUUUAUUAACAAGCCCUGUUAUAUUGUUAAAAUCAUCAGUUAGGAAUCAAAUCAAACGUAUAUUAUCUAGAGAUAAAAAUUGCACAUAUGAUACUGCCAUGAGUAUAAUAAAAAAUCAGUUGCCUACAGAUGAGAAAAUAAAAUAUGCAGAUAUUAUAAUAAACAAUGACGGAGAUUUGUUAGAUUUGCAAAUGAAAUGUGAUGUAGUAUAUAAUAAAUAUUUAAAAAGUUUUUUCUUUUAA